GGGGGCGGGGCGCGCGUAUCUGCGCCGCGGCCGCGUGACGCGUUUUCAAAUCUUCAACCGCUUCAAUACGCUGGUCUGCGUUUUUCCCUUUCCUCCUCCGCGCCCGAGAGCCGGAGCGACCCCGGAAACCGGCGGGCAGACGCGGCCUUUCUGCUGCGUGGGUGUGGAAGUCCGCGGAAGGUGACGAGCGACUGGCCUGCCAACGGGCCUCGAAGGGCCGUGUUUCCGCGGCCGCCCGGUGCGAUUCCGUCUUCGGACCCAGCAUGUAGGUGCCGGGCGGCUGCCAUGAACUCCGGAGCCAUGAGGAUCCACAGCAAAGGACAUUUCCAGGGUAUGAAGCCCCUGCUCCGCCUGCAGCCCCUUUAAUCCUGACCUCCCCUGCUGGUUCCAUCAUUGAGUCUUCACUUCUCCCUCCCGGUGGAAUCCAAGUCAAAAAUGAAAAAAAUAGACCGUCUUUGAAAUCCAUGAAAACUGAUAACAAACCAGAAAAAUCCAAAUAUAAGCCGCUUUGGGGAAAAGUAUUUUACAUUGAUUUACCUUCUUCUGUCACCGUAUCUGAAAAACUGCAAAAGGACAUUAAGGAUCUUGGAGGGCGAGUUGAAGAAUUUCUCAGCAAAGAUAUCAGUUAUCUUAUUUCAAAUAAAAAGGAAGCUAAAUUUGCACAGACUUUGGGACGAAUUUCUCCUGUACCAAGUCCAGAAUCUGCAUAUACUGCAGAAACUACUUCUCAUCCCAGCCAUGAUGGAAGUUCAUUUAAGUCUCCAGAUUCAGUAUGUUUGAGCAGAGGAAAAUUACUAGUUGAAAAAGCUAUCAAGGACCAUGAUUUUAUUCCUUCAAAUAGUAUAUUGUCAAAUGCCUUAUCAUGGGGAGUGAAAAUUCUUCAUAUUGAUGACAUAAGAUACUACAUUGAACAAAAGAAAAAAGAGUUGUAUUUACUCAAGAAAUCAAGUACUUCUGUAAGAGAUACCGGAAAAAGAGGUAUUGGCACACAGAGAGCAAGAACAGGUAGACUCAAAAAGCCUUUUGUAAAGGUGGAAGAUGUGAGCCAACUUUAUAGGCCAUUUUAUCUUCAGCUGACCAAUAUGCCUUUUAUAAAUUAUUCUAUUCAGAAGCCCUGCAGUCCCUUUGAUGUAGAUAAGCCAUCCAGCAUCCAAAAGCAAACUCAGGUUAAACCAAGAAUCUGGACAGAUGGCGAUAAAUGUGGUGGAAUCCCAGUUCAACUCCAGCUGAAAGAAAAGAAAAAAAAAGGAUAUUGUGAAUGCUGUCUGCAGAAAUAUGAUGAUCUUGAAACUCAUCUUCUAAGUGAGCAACACAAAAACUUUGCACAGAGUAAUCACUAUCAAGUUGUUGAUGAUAUAGUAUCUAAGUUAAUUUUUGACUUCGUGGAAUAUGAAAGGGACAUGCCUAAAAAGAAAAGAAUAAAAUACAGUAUUGGAUCCCUUUCUCCUAUUACUACAAAUGUCCUGGAAAAGUCUGAACCAAAAGAAAAGCUAGAAUUGCAAUGUAUUUCUCAGAAAGACUUCAGGGAAAAUAAUGUACAGGUGAUCGAGCAGAAUUUCCUGUAUAAAGAAACCCAGGAACCUGAACAAAAGAUUGUGUUUAUUUCAGAAUGCAUCCCCUACCCUUCAAGUGAAUUAAGAGAACUUGAUGAGAAAACAGCUAAUAUGUGUUCCAUGUUAAAUCCAGCUGAAAAUGACUUAAAACAAAAUUUUACACAUCUGCCUCCAUCUAAAAAUAAACAGGGAUGCAUUCUUAUUGAUGUUUCUGAACAUAAAUUAAUUAUAAGUGAAAAUGACUUAAAACUAAGGGUAGAUCACUAUCCAUGUAGACAACAGACAUCUAUACAAGUUUCUGAUUUUAAUAUGGAUAAUAAUGCAUCUCAACCAAAACAAAAGUCAGAUACUAUACUUUUUCCAGCAAAGGAUCUGAAAGAAAUAGAUCUUCAUUCAAUAUUUGGUUGUGAUUCUGGUCUAUUAGCAAUAAACAAUUCACCAGAGCACCUAACCAUUCAGUCAAAGACUCCAUCCCAUAGUCCUCCUGAGAAUCCCAAUGAAUGUGACAUCAAGAAUAUGGAUUGUUUACCUUCUGGUAAAAUUCAUCGGAAAGUGAAAAUAUUAUUAAGAAGAAAUAAAAAAGAAAAUCUGGAACCAAAUGUGGAAUUAGAUAAAAGAACUGAAUUUCUUAUUACCCAAGAAGAAAACAGAAUUUGUAGUUCACCAGUACAAUCUCUACUGGACUUAUUUCAGACUAGUGAAGAGAAGUCAGAAUUUUUGGGUUUCACAAGCUACCCCGAAAACAGUGGUGUAUGUGAUGUUUUAGAUAUUUGGGAAGAAGAAAAUUCAAAUAAUCUGUUGUCAGCGUUUAUCUCUUCUCCUUCAACUUCUACAUUUACUGGCUUUUAGAGUUUUUAGAAAUACCUUUCAGAAAUGAUGAAGAUGAUAAUUCUUGAAAUUUUCACGUGUAUAAAAAUUCUUAAAGUUUUUUUUUUUGCCAACUUUGUUUACAGAACCAAAUGUAAAUAUUAACAAUAAAGGUGAUGUUUGCAUUUUUCUACAGAACUGAAUACUUAUCAGAAAAUUGUAGAAUAAAUUUGUGACUCAUUUUA